AUGAACCCUGAUGAACCCCUACUUGUACAGGGAAUGGCAUGCUUGUUCCAGCAGCACAUCGGACAAGGCUGGUGGGCUUCGCAUAAAGCAGCUUUGUCCACCGCACAUAUUCUUCUGGUACUCUAUACGACCUCAUGGACAUCCAUAACAGCUCAUGUGGGAUACGGUCGAAAGCUUUCUCGAGAUCGAGAAAAGCAAGACGCACACUGCGGUUCUUCUCUCGAUGUUUCUCCAGAAGGAUACGGACAGCAUGGAUAG